CUACUGGCUGCGUCAACUACUGGUUGGGCGCUAGCCAACUAGGCUUAGUAUCUGCACGUCCCUUAGCUUUCUAUAUACCACCGCACUAUGUAGGGUAGGGGCCUCAACUUCCAAUUAGUUUGCAGCAACAUACAUCCCUUGGGCAAUGGGUCGGAGGCUGCCGGCGUUGUGCGGCGGCGGCCGGGCGGUGACGUGGGCGAGGACGAAGCGGGUGCAACGGGCGAGCUACUCCUCCUCGUCCAAGCUUCCUGCGGCAUUGGCCAAGAGUCCAGGAGGAGGAGCAGGAGCAUGCUACGUCAAUGCCAACGGUGCGCUGAUGGUCAAAGUGGGCGAAGGCGGCGCCAAGAAAGAUGGCGGCGGGAGGCGGGUGAUGGUAGUGGCCGACGGGCGUCCGGAGGCGGCGGGCGCGCUCCAGUGGGCGCUGUCGCAGGCCGUCCGGAGCAAUGACACCGUCGUGCUCCUCGCCGUCGUCAAGCCGGUCGCCCAAGACGCAAUUACUGAUUCUUGUGUGAAGAUACUGGGAACGAGGUGCUCUGAACAGCUCGAGGCGACGAGGAGCAUUUGUGAAUCAACACGGCCAGAGGUGAAGGUGGAAACGUGCGCGGUGGAGGCGGAGGAGCGCGCGCCGGCGGUGGUGGAGGCCGCGAGAUGGCACGGCGCGUCGCUGCUCGUGCUUGGUCAGCGCAGGAGGCGCGGGGUGACGCGGUGGCUGCAGGCGCUGUGGCGGCGGCGUCGUGGGCGGGGAGGUGGAGCAACGAUGGUUGAGUACUGCAUCGAGCACGCACCGUGCGUGGCGCUGGGCGUGCGGCGGAGGAGCUCCGCGGGGUACCUCGUCUCCAGUAAGCGCCACAGGGACUUCUGGCUCCUCGCCUAGUUAAACUAAUUAUAGUUACCUCUGGUAGCUUAAUCAUGAGCUCGGCUCUGUUCUGGCUGGUGAUGCUGAGUAAAGGUAUCCACCGGCUAGCAAUCAAAUUAACUUCAACGUGAUGAGCAGAACAGCUGUCGUUGGAUCACAGUUGACCCCUUGUAAGCAUGUUUGACGACCUAAGGGUCUCUCGUUCGAGGGAGGAUCCAUCCCACAUCCCAUUUCUCUUGGAUUAUCACGUAAGUUUUGA